UCACCUCUAUUGCUAAGUACAUGCUUAUCUUCUUACCCUUUUAUCACGUAGCGCAGCUACGAAAAAGGUCCAUCAGCUCCUUUCCGUGUUCUCUCAGUAAACACACGAUCCAAAAUGAACGGACGAGAUCGCAACGCAAGAAUCCAACCAAAUAACUCGUCCAUCCGUGCUCCGCCGGGCCACCACAUCGCAUUCCCCCUCCGAGAGUUGAGAAAAGGACGCUGGAGACCGCCGGAGAAGAGAGGAGUUCUUCUCCGCAGCGUUCGCAUCGCUCUCUCUCCCUCUGACCACCUCUUUCAUUCCCAAAAUACCCCUCCUCCUCCUCCGCCCCCACCAUGACCCUUCCCGAAAAGCCCCUCCUCAAACCUUUCCUCCUCCUCCUCUCCCUCUCCCUCCUCCUCCUCCUCCCCCUCGUCGACCCUUCCUUCCGCCGCUCCUCCUCCCCCUCCACCACCCCCGCCGCCCCCGCCGCCGGGGCUGCCACCCCGCUCCUCCGCAUCCGCCCGGGCUACCAUUCCUACGACGACUACAUCAAGCACCAGCUCAACAAGACCCUCGACCCCCGCCUCCGCCGCCUCUGGGCCACCCGCGACUGGGACCGCAAAGUCCUCGUCUUCGCCCGCUUCUUCUCCGACUUGAAAUCCCAAGGCCUCCUCUCGAACGCCUCCCGUGCCCUCUGCAUCGGCGCCCGCCUCGGCCAGGAGGUCGCCGCCCUCCACCGCGUCGGCGUCGCCGACGCCGUCGGCAUGGACCUCGUCCCCUCCCCUCCCCUCGUCGCCGCCGGCGACUUCCACGCCCAGCCCUUCCCCGACGCCUCCUUCGACUUCGAAUUCUCCAAUGUCUUCGACCACGCCCUCUACCCCGACCGCUUCGUUGCCGAGAUCGAGCGCACCCUCCGCCCGGGUGGCGUCGCCGUCCUCCACGUCGCCCUCCACCGCCGCGGCGAUAAGUACUCGGCCAACGACCUCUUCGCCGUCGACGGCGUCCUCGGCCUCUUCAAACAAUCCGACCUCGUCCGGGUUUCCAAGGUCGACGGCUUCGGCCUCGACACCGAGGUCGUCCUCCGAAAGAAAAAACGGCCAAGCCAACGAUAAUCCUUUCCUCUCUCUCUUCGCCGCCGUGGGCGGCGGCGGUUGUGGUGAUUUUUUUUUCCAUUUCUUUUUCACGACUCUCAAAGUUCUCAAAAAUUCGUAUUUGUUGCAC